AUGUAUUACAAUGAAAAUUCAGAUAAUGUUAUACAUAAUAAUAUAAUUGAAAAUAAUAAUGUUAUUAUAAAUACUUUUCAUGGUAAUACAUCUAUUGAAUGUCCAUUUCCAACACCUGAUGAUAGUAAUAUUUUGGCAAAUCAUAAUGAAAAUGUUGCUUGUCAUCAACAAACAACUAUUGUCAAUUUCAAUAGUUUUAAUUCAUGUAAUGAUAAUAUAAAUAUUCAUUAUAAUGAUUUUUAUCCACAACAACAUUUGAAUACUUCAAUCAACAAUGAUCAAAUAAAUGGUUUUCAGAUGAAAUCGAUUGAUGUUGAUAUUUACAAUUCACUUCAAUCGAAUGGUAUGAAUUUAUUGAACAAAAGUAAUAUAUACUAAGAGCUGAUUGUAUAUCAUUCACCUCAUUAAGAUUUAAGUUCCUAUAAGAUCUAAAUUUAGGAAAAUAUUUUGUGUAGACAGUUCACAGAUAAUAUAGAUUAACAAUGAGAUCAGCACAAAAAUCAAUUAAAAUAGAAAAGAGUCAAAAUAGACAGUUUCUACAAUCACUUUGAAUUUCAUAACUCGAAAACAGAUAAGAUUUUUAAAUUAUUUAUUUAUCGAUUUUUUUAUUCCUAAAUAAUUCUAACUAUUUCAAGUAUAAAUUUUAUCAACAUGUUUAACAAACUAUUGAUGAACAAGAACAUUCUUAUUGUAAACAUAAAUAUAUAAACAAAAAACCUAUAGAAUGCUAUCAAACAACUACUAGCUAGCUCAUCAAUUGUUUGAUGAAUCAAUCGAAAAUAAUUAAAAAUAGGAAAUUCAAAUUUUUUGUAAAAUAGAGUCUUUUUUUCAAAAACUAUCAAUGUGAAAGGAAAUCAAUCACAAUCUCUAGAAACUAUGUGUGAACUGAAAUUUUUGUAUGUUAUUUGUUCGAAAUACAUCAGAUCUUAGAAACUUAGCUGAAAAAAGAAUUCAAAACCCUCCUUUGUUGUUACAAAACGAUCAGGUAGUAAGGAAGAUAACAUUAUACAAUACUAUCCAAAAAGAGCCAUAUUUUUCUAAAGAACUCAAGACUCAAUUUAAUUUCGAAUACAUCAUUGGAAAGAGUUCUCUUUAUGCUACAAAAAUCAUCAUUAAAUGUGCGUUUUCAUUUCGCUUUUACUAAAAAAAAACCUGAAAAGAAAAUAGACAAUGAUAUUGCGCGAAGGUGAAGUUGCAAGAACAUUUUUAGAAGUGUUUGGUUUUUGGCUUCUCUUGCUUCGUUAGAUUCGUUCAGAAAAAACAAGUCUGGUACAAAAUUUAUAGUUCAGACUUUGCUCUUUCCAACAACAAAAAAAAUUUGAUUGGUUUAGAAGCUGGCAAUAUAGUCUAAUAUAGGUUGACAUUUUUGCCAAGACUUUUCUAUUACAUAUUAGUUGAGCAUUGUUUCUUUUAAAUUUCAAAAGUAAACAUUUAAUAAUAUGAAAAUGACGUAUCAAUUAUUAUUGUCAACUUAUCAUGAUAAUAGAAUUUUUGUUAAUUAAAUACAUGAAAUUAUCUUUUGAAUAAUGAAAGACUAUGAAUUUGACAAGUAUUUUCUAGUUAAAGAUCAAUAAAUACUUAUAGAUUAUCUUGAUAACAACAUUUAAAUUAAUUAAUGUACUUUUAUAUCUACCAGAGAUGGAUGGGGUAGCCAAAAAGUCACACUGCCACCAUCCCGUCGGUAAAGUUUCGCACCACCACUAGGGGUGGCAUAUUUACUUUUAGUUACUUUUGUGGAAUUUUUGGUAUUGAAUGAUUUUCAUAAUAGUUUGGUAUAUUUGAUCAGAUGUUUUAUUUGCUAAGUUGUAGAUCUUGACUUCAGCUAUAACUUUGCUGCAAAGGUCAUUUUUCGAUAUU